AUGAGGGAAUGGAGCUUGGAAAAUGAGGUGGAAAGAUUCGUGAGCGAGGCGAGGAAAAGACAAGAUAAAAAGGACAAAACAAAUGAAGAAUGGAGAAGACAAGAAAAAGAAAAGCUCAUUGAAGAAAAGCCAAAAAAAAUUAAUGGAAAUGAGCUGGAGGAAGAACUAAAAGAAAGGAAGCAAAAAAGGUUAAAAAUUGGUAUGAAUGAGGUAGAAAAAGCUGCCACAAUGAUGGAAGAAAACGAGAUUGUUGUGCUAGUGGAGACAUGGGUAAUGGAAGAUAAGGUGGAAAUAACAUGUGAGAGGCUGAGCAAAGAAUUCAAAUGGGAAUGGAAAUACGGAAUGAUGUUGGAAGAAAGUAAGGAAAGUGAAAGUAUAAUCACAGUGUAUAACAAUGUAGGAAUGAGCAAAUUAGAAACGGAGCUAAGAAGGCAGAUAGAAGAAUGUGCAAACAGGGACGAAAGUGUGAUGAUCAUUGGGGACUUUAAUGCGAGAAUCGGAGAAGAAAACGUAACAGGAGAGGACGAAGGCAGAAUGUGUGAUGAGUUAGGACUUUGCGUAUGGAAUGGUAGAGCAAGAGGAGAUGAAGGUGGGGAAAUAACUUACGUCGGGGGAGACGAAGAGAGUUUAGGAUCAGUAAUUGACCUUAUACUAACGCUGGACAGAGGCGAUGAGCAAGAAAUAGAGGUAAAAGUGGUGGAAAGAAUAGAGUCAGAUCAUCUACCAGUGUUGGCGAGAUAUAAGGUAAAGAGAAAUGAGGAAGAGGGUAAGGAAGGAAGCUGCAUGUCAGAGGAGGAAGAGCAGGAAGAAAUUGGAGCAAAUAAGCUGAUCUGGAAGAAAGAAAAAAUACAGGAGUAUGCAGAAGCAACGCAGGAAGCACUGACAGAAGCAGUAGAGGAAAAAAACGAGCUUAAGUGGGAGGAUAUAAAGGAAAUAGUAAGAAAAGGGGCUGAAAAAACGGGGAUGGUGAUGAAAGGAAAGAAGGACAAAGAUACAAAGGAGAAAAAAAAGUGGUACAAUAUCGAGGGUAAAAAAAAAGAAAAGAAGUUCAGAGGAACAAAGAAAAGAGCUGCAAGCAACAGCAUAAAAGCAAAACAAUGGGAAAAGCACUUUAGUGAUCUGCUGAAUGGGGAAGGCAAUGAAGAAUCGGAAGAGGAAGAAAAUGAGCCGUGGAAAGGAGAAGGUAGUAAUGAACGAUCAGAGGAGCCGAAGCUCGAUGAAAACUCCAGCAGGAGAGAAGUGAAAGCCGCAAUAAGAAAGCUCGGGAAUCACAAAGCUCCAGGGGAAGACGGGAUGGCAGCAGAAUUUAUAAAGAACAGUGCACCAGAUGUCAUUGAAUGGAUAGGCGAAAUUAUAAAUAGAAUAUGGGACGAAGGAAGUAUGCCAGAAUGA